ACGAACCACGGGUGGAGGGUUGGUUCACGCCUCGCUGAACGGGGUAGCUAGUGAAAGCCACAACCGGCAAACGAGUGAUUGUGCGAUUCGUAAGGCUUGUGCGGGAGAGUGAGCGCUACAAUAAGUGAACAAUUGUGAGCGCGAAAAGGUACGUGCACGCGGUUGUGCGCAUUUAAAUUGCGUGAUUUUUCCACGAUCAGCCCCGGUGUGUCCCGCGUCGGUAAGGCACUUUCACGCCAGUACAGCUCCAGACAACGGCCAGCCAUCGACGGGAGAAGUUUUGCUAACGUGCCUCUUAAAGCCAUUCGCUUCCAAAAUGUCGCUUAGUAGAAGCUACGGGCUGCAGGCUCGAUUGCGGACGCAUUUGCAAAAAAGUGCAGUGAAUUUGAUCGCCAGUGUGUCACAUCGCAACCCGAGGGAAAGUGCCCCACGGCGGUGGGUCUCUUCAGGAACAACGAACCACGAGAAGUUGGCAACAAAACCCGUGCCAAAACAUGACUGGAACCGGGCCGUUAGUGAGGCGGAAAAGAUCGUCGGUUAUCCAACGUCCUUCCUGAGCCUUCGGUGGCUGCUGAGCGAUGAGAUUGCGAAUGUUGCGCUGCACUUACGGAAGCUGGUCGGCAGCAACCAUCCACUUCUCCGGACGGCGAAGAAUUUGAUCUACAACGGCAAAAACAACAUGCAAGCCUGGGGCUUGAUCGUUCUGCUCGUAUCCAAAGCCGUUGGUCAUGCUCCAACGGUACCGGAUAUGGAGCAGGAUAAAAGCGCCGGCGUACUGCAAUCGCAACGUGGUCUGGCGGAAAUAACGGAAAUGAUACGCACCGCCCAUCUCGUGCAUCAAGGUUUGGUCAAUUUGCAACCCCUGGACAACGCUGGGAACGAACUGGGCAGUGACAGCGACACGAUCUUCGGCAAUAAAAUCGCCCUGCUGAGCGGAGACUACCUGCUGGGUAACGCUUGCCUCCAGCUGGCUGGACUGCGGAAUCAACCCCUCAUCGAACUCAUUUCGUCUGCCGUACGAGAUUUAGCCGAAUCGAACUUCUUUGGCCCGCGCGAUCAACAGAACAAUCCGCUUCCUUCGAUGCCGUUGAAUACCACCACGAUGGGCGGUGGCAAAGGAAACAGCGAUAGCAUGAACCCAUUGGAACCGGAUGUUAGCUUCGGUGACACUGAGAACAACAUGCAACCACUAAGUCUGGCGGGCGUAAUGGGCAACCCCGAGAAAGAGUGGGCCUUACGGCAUAUCCUUGGAGCGGGAACGCUACUGGGGAAAAGCUGCCAGGGAACCAUGAUGCUUGCUGGACAGCCGGAAGCGUUGCAGCGACGCGGAUAUCUGUUCGGAAAGCAUCUUUCACUGGCCUGGCAGGCAUGUAUCGAUCUUGAACCGUUCAGCAGUGACGAAUUCCCAUCCGGUGGACGAUUUAGUUUAGUUUCGGCACCGGUUCUCUUCCAUCUUGACCACGAUCCCGCACUGUACGACGAAAUUCAGAAGGGUCUGGAUUCGAUAGACAACAUCGACUUUGCGAAAGUGCACGCGAAGGUGCGAACGGGACCCGGACUGGAGCGGACACGCGAAUUGCAAAAGAAGCACAGCCUCGCAGCGAUGGCGGUACUGAACGAGCUGCCACCGUCUGAUGCACGCACGGCCCUACAGAACAUUAUCCUCGCGAUGCAGGAUAUCUAAUGUACGCCGGAAACGAUCACACAGAAAAAGGAAUCAAACAGAAACCCAGUCGACGCACACCUUUUCAGGGUUCUUUUCGUGCGCCGGGUAUCGCUUCUACUGUGGUAGAGAACGCCCGUGGAAAAGAUUUUGCUGAUAAGGACAGGCUGCUGGUCGAGAUGUCGUGCGGCAGGAGAAGAUGCUACAAAACUACAUACAUACCAUUCCGUCCAGAGUGUGAAUUUUUUAUGGUUAAAAUAGCUAGAGGGUGUAUGAUGGGAGACUAGCAUCGAGAAUGUAAAUUAAGCCAGAAGGAGGUGUGCCGAUCACGUGUCGCAGGCAAGAAUCUGCGGAGACAUGUAGACAGUGCGAUCUACGGUAGCUAGGGUAAUUGUUUAUCUGUUGUUAACGAUGUACUCUACUGGUUGGGCAUGUGGUGGUUUACGUUUACUUUUUAUACGCAUUAAUAUGAUUUGGGAAUCGUUACUAGGUUAAAUUGAAAAUGUUAGCGAUAUUGUCAGUAGCGGUAGCGGGCAUCUGCAGACAGAAUCUGUUUCAGGAUCAAGAUUCAAUCAGACGAAUGGGGUAACGAAGUUUAGGGCAUCCGACUUAUCGGGAGCAGUGGAAGCAAAUAAAAAGAAGUGUGCAAUCCCAGACGUUUGCUGGAA